GUCGAUUAGAAUCCGCAGGUACCUUUCAAAGAAAUUCCCUCUACCUCAACCAGCUCCAUAUCGACCAUGGUCGUCUUCUAUCAGCGGUACUGAACAGACGACAAAUGGGUAGCAAUCCGAUUAUUGUCGGCUCUCGUCCGCCACUGAACGAUUCGCUAUGGGAUCGUAUUGAAAGUCAAGGUUAUGAUAUAGUCGUGUUUGAUCAAAAUAUAGAAAAUAAAGAAAAUAAAGUUGAUAUGGAACUAGGUGCUUCUGCAAUGGAUGUUAUCUGGACUAGGGAUCCUGGUAUAUUUGUUUUAGUUUCUGGAGAUGGUGAUUAUUUUCCUGUAGUAAAACGGGCUCUGAAUCAUAAUUGGAAGGUCGAAACAUGGUUUUGGCAAUCAGGAGUAUCCGGUGAUCUCACGGAAUGUUCCUCCUCGUUCUAUCCUUUGGAUAAUUACUAUAAAUACUUUACAUAUGCAUAUGGACAAGACCCCGUUGGGAAAAAUCAUAUCCUUGAAAUAACCGAUGGUGAAACGGUUGGAAAUUGGAAGGGUGAAGAAUUUAAUGCAAAGUAG